GCCCCCGGAAGGGCACCGGGCGGCAGCGCACGGAGGAGAGGAAGGGACCGGGAGGGGAGGGGACGGGACGGGACCGGGGACAUGAACGGCUCGGCGAACUCGCUGCUGGAUAAGGAGGAGCACCCGCUGCAGCUGGGCGAGAGCUUCGAGCGGCGGCCCAAGGCCUCUUUCCACACCAUCCGCUAUGAUUUUAAGCCAGCAUCGAUUGAUACAUCUUGUGAGGGGGACCUCCAAGUGGGUAAAGGAGAUGACGUAACAAUCACUUUGCCACAUAUUCCAGGUUCAACUCCACCAAUGACUGUGUUUAAAGGAAAUAAAAGGCCGUAUCAGAAGGACUGUGUGCUUAUUAUCAAUCAUGACACUGGGGAGUAUGUGCUGGAAAAACUUAGUAGCAGCAUUCAAGUCAAGAAAACAAGAGCAGAGGGCAGCAGUAAGAUCCAAGCCCGAAUAGAACAACAGUCUGCCCGAGCAUCUCAGCCUCCGACACAGUUCAGAGCCCCAACCAAGCCAGCAGCUGGACCUAAAACUUCUCCUUUGAAAGAUAAUCCCUCACCUGAGCCACAGCUGGAUGACAUUAAGAGAGAGCUGAGAGCAGAGGUUGAAAUUAUUGAGCAGAUGAGCAGCAGCAGUGGAAGCAGCUCGUCCAAUUCAGAAAGCUCAUCUGGGAGUGAAGAUGAAAGCUCCAGCAGUGAGGGAGAAGAGCCAGCACAUGUUUCUCCUUCCCAGCCACCACACCAGCAAUAUAACAACAGGAAUGCUGUCCCUAAUGGCACCAGCAGGCCACAAGGAAGCAACCAGCUCAUGAACACACUCCGGAAUGACUUGCAGUUGAGUGAGUCUGGGAGCGACAGUGAUGACUAGAGGCUGAGCUUUUGCUGUUUCUGCCACAUAUACCUGAAGAACCUUGAAGUGAUCCCAUUGCUUAUGAAGAGGAGCUGGCACAGAUAUAGUUCCCUGUGUGGAAUUUUAAUAGGAGAAAUGCAUAGCCCUACAAAAUAGCAGAUGUUGAGGGCUGUUUUACUUUGUGAAUUAAGUGUAUAUUUUGUGUAUAUUCUUAUUCUUUUAAAGCUUUAAAUAGCUAUGUACAGUGGGUAAGCCAAUAUAUGUUCCUGUGUUCCUGUCCAUCAUCUGUAAGUUUAAUGUGUAACUUCAUGAUGCCAUGUAAAAAUUCUCAUUUGUAGAAGUUAUCCAGGCCAUCAUGACUUUAGGGGGGGAAUUUUGUAUAUAGGGUGAGCAUGAGCCAACAAUGAGUUUAAAAAAACAUGCAGGAGCUACUGUGUGCACUGAAGUGAGACUGUCAUAAAUCAAGUUUCAAUGCUAAGUUGAUUUCUUUGAUUUGGGACUUUUCUGAUGUCUUUUUAUCGCUAUUUAUGGUUGAUUUAAUUGACUUUUAAAGAGUUGGAAAAGAGAAAUCAUAAAACCAUGUUCGUUGCAAACCUUGCUGCACCAGUGCCUUAUAAGCAGGUUUUUUAAAGAGAGCUUCAAUUCCUGCCACCUUUCUUAUAGGAAGCAAUACUGAAACCUCUUCAGAUUGCUUUUGCAAAUGGGAGCUGUGUUUCACAUACAGCCAGCUCUACUCUGAGGGCAGUUACGCUAGCGAGAGAAAGGAUAGACGUCAAUGCCUGAACAUAUCCAAAUAACAACCAGAUCAGCAUUUCCUUGUGCAACUGAAGUGUCUCAUUUAACUCAGACAUUCAGGCCUAGUCUUUAGAAAUAUUUAGGAGCCCGAUUACUAGUGAAAUUGCAACGUCACAAAUACAAGAUAUUGGAUUUACUGAAAUUAUAAGGCCAGAGCCCUGUUUGCUGUUUCCUAGAGAAUGCAGAAAGAAGAGAUGACUAAACGAUUGCGAAACAGCAGAAGUCUCUCUCCCACCACAGUUGUCCAGGUAGACUUGAGUUCAUACUGUUUCUUGGACAGGAUCUCUGUGCUUGGCAGGUUUAUGAAGAACAUGAAAUAUUUGCCUAGGGUGAAAUUCACCCCUGUUUAAGGGGGUUUAAAGGGUGCUUAGUUGGAUUAUCAUUAACUUUUUUGCUCACAUGGAAAAUGGGCGCCACAGGCGGCCUCUUAUAGCUUGGACACCAGGCUGACUUUUUAAAAUAAAAAUUUAAAUAAGAUAAAUAUUUAACUGGCAUAGGACAAGUGGCACUGUAGUUGUGUAAUCCAGGGGAAUGGGAAGCUGAAGUGGAUGCCUCUUCAUUCUGAAGUGUCUGCUUUGCACUGCUUUCAUCUGUCACCCAGUUUGUGUUUUAACUCUUGUUUGUUGACUAAGCUCUUUUGGGAUUUUUUAAGGUGUUGAAGAGCAAGGGGACAUUUGAAGGGAGAUUUUGUUAAAUGGUUUAUUUUUUUGCAUUAGAUACAUAUUUAGGCAUAUUUUUGCAUUAUUGUACAUACUUUUAAAAUACUUGGUUUUUUUAAAGCGUUUUAUGAUGGGGUACAUAUUUUAACAUACAAUUAUGAAAUAUACUUGAUGUAAAGCCACAAUUGCUCUCCUUUUUUCUUCUUUUGUUUUUUUCCCUGUUCCUUCUCCAACAGUAAAAGUGCUCUGUUCUAACAAGCUUGUACCAAUUUGGGAUUUUACAUUUUGCUGCAGGAGAUUUGCAUGGUAGUUGGCAGUCUAAUUAAUGCUAAUACUGGUUCUGACUUUUCCCCAGCUUAAGAUUUCAAUAAGCAGAGAAACAUUUCUCUGAUGCCACUUCCCCGCUACUGGAGCUUAUUCCUGAGUUCUGUUGACAUUUUUUGUACUCAAAUGUAAAAGCUGCAGUGCAGCAUUUUUGUUGCUUAUCAUUCACUGGCUGCUCAUGUGUUCUGAAAUCCAGGACAUGUCAUAGGAAGUUUACUGAUGAUGUGUAAAUAAAAUAUAUGAAAUGAGGAUGAGACAA